UAAGAGACGAUAAGGAGAAUGGUAAUCCCGGGUAGUCAGUAUAUAAACCGACGGUGGUUGGAUGUUCUUCACCAGUGACCAGCCAUGAAGUUCCUCGUGUUCUGUCUGCUCCUCGCCGGGGCUCUCGCCGCCCCUUCCAUCAGGCUGAGGUUCCCUCGCACCAAUUACAAGAUCGUUGGUGGCACAGACGCCACGCUCGGGGAGUUCCCAUACCAACUCAGCUUCCAGGAUAACUCUUACAAUCCUGCAUUCCAUUUCUGCGGAGCUUCCAUCUAUGAUGAAAACCAUGCCAUCACUGCUGGUCACUGUGUCUACGGUGAAAAUUAUGACAGCCCUAAAAACCUCCAGAUUGUGGCAGGAGAACUGAACUUGAGCGCGGAUGAUGGAUCGGAGCAGACCAUUGCAGUGUCAAAAAUCACCCUUCACGAGAACUUCGACUACUUCGUUCUGGAUAGUGACAUCGCUAUUCUUCACCUGGCCUCACCUCUGACUUUCAACAAUAACGUGGCUCCCAUUGCUCUUCCGGAACAAGGACAUACAGCCACUGGUGACUCCAUUGUCACAGGCUGGGGAACCACAAGCGAGGGAGGAAGCACUCCUGAUGUGCUGCAGAAGGUGACAAUCCCUAUCGUGACUGACGCAGAGUGCCGAGAUGAUUAUGGUGCUAGUGAGAUUUUGGAUUCCAUGAUCUGCGCCGGUGUUCCUGAGGGAGGGGUGGACUCCUGCCAGGGUGACUCUGGUGGACCUCUUGCAGCCAGCGAUACCGGGUCUACCUAUCUGGCCGGUAUUGUGUCUUGGGGCUACGGCUGCGCUCGUCCCGGCUACCCCGGCGUCUACACUGAGGUGUCUUACCAUGUCGACUGGGUUAAGGCAAAUGCAGUGUAAACAGUGUUACUAUUAACAUUCAAAUAACUGUAUGUCAAUAAAUAUAAAACUUUA